CCGACGCAAGUCAAAAAUGACCGUCAUUUUACAUGACAAAAGAAGCUUCUCUGAUUAGGAGACUGCUUUACCCCCGGAGUGUAUCACUGAUGUGCAACAAUCGAUUACUUUUGAAUGAUUACAUUUGUGUUUAUUUUGUUAAUUGACUUACAUUGUUGUGAACAACAGUAUUGAGUUUUUUAUGUAAUAAUAACCUGAUGAGGAUUUUUUGUCUCAUAAUAUGGGGAAGUGUGUUGUUUCUGAGUUUAAUUUUAAUAUUUCUAACCUCGUGAAAUAAAUAUGUCAGACGCUUUUGAAGAAAUUCAAGCUAUUAAGAUCAAACGAAAUAGUUUACGUGAAAAAUUACAAAAGAGAAAACGAGAGAGGAAUGAAUUGUUGACUUUGACUGCUCUACCGACUUCUACGACCAGCGGAUUGGUUACUGAUACUGUCAGAACAAGUGAAUCCAACACUCCGUUAUCAGUUCACUCGAAAUAUAGUGAAUAUGAGAGGGAUAUUUUGGGUAUUCUACAUGAAAGUCUUCCUGACACUCCAAUCACAUCAGCUGACCUCAGUGUUCAAUUGAGAAAGAAUCUGAGUGCUGAUGUGCUCCACAGUGAUGUCAAAACAAUUCUGGAGAAAUUGGCCGCUCAAGAUGUUCUUAAGCUGAAAGAAGUGACCGAGGACGGUGUUCUGGGUUACAUAGUCCUCUCUAUCGUUGAACCUCCAACUAAAACCGAAGAAACCCACCCGAAUGACACCCCAGACACUGGCUCCCAUGAGAAAACCGAUGACGAUGAACCUGAAGAUGAGGAUGUUGAUGGGCCAGCUGAGAAGCAUCCCAAACAGGAGCAGAAAAACGCCGAGGACAUCAUGUCUCUUAUCCUCAUGCCGACAAUCAGGGAAAAGGAAAGUAAAAAAGUUGGAGAGCAAAUUCUGGAUCUUUUAUCUAAACAAACGUCCAAAGAAAAGUCACUGGCAGAGAGGUUUAGGUCUCAGGGAGGGGCUCAGGUGAUGGAGUUCUGUCCACAUGGUACGAGAGUCGACUGCACAAAGUUGAAUGGUGGGACAACAGCUAAAUGUAAAAAGCUACACUUCAAAAAAAUUAUUCAAGGACACACGGAUGAAUCUUUGGGGGACUGCAGCUUCUUGAAUACUUGUUUUCAUAUGGAUACCUGCAAAUAUGUACAUUACGAAGUCGAUGGUUCGACAGCACUCUCGAAAGAGUCCUCAACCGACUCGGAAAACGGGAAUCCUCCAAGCACAACGACGAAAGCCUCAGACCCUCAGGGAUCAGUAUCAUCUCCAGGAUCAGGCACAGAACUGACUCUCUACCCUCCCCAAUGGAUCCAAUGUGACCUGAGAUAUCUAGACAUGACGGUUUUAGGUAAAUUCGCUGUGAUAAUGGCGGAUCCGCCUUGGGACAUUCACAUGGAGUUGCCUUAUGGUACAAUGUCUGAUGACGAAAUGCGUCAGUUGGGGAUCCCAGCUCUUCAGGAUGAGGGUUUGCUCUUCCUCUGGGUGACGGGUAGAGCCAUGGAACUCGGCAGGGAGUGCCUCCAGCUCUGGGGGUACGAGAGAGUCGACGAAAUCAUCUGGGUGAAGACGAACCAGCUCCAAAGGAUUAUCAGGACAGGGAGGACGGGACACUGGCUCAACCAUGGCAAGGAACACUGUCUCGUCGGGAUGAAAGGCAACCCCAGGAUCAACAGGGGCCUCGACUCCGAUGUUAUAGUUGCUGAGGUACGUGCGACGAGCCACAAACCUGACGAAAUUUAUGGUAUCAUCGAGAGAAUGAGCCCCAGCACCAGGAAAAUCGAAUUAUUUGGAAGACCACACAAUGUUCAACCUAAUUGGAUAACGUUGGGUAAUCAGGUCGAUGGAGUACAUCUCAUUGAUCCAGUCCUCAUAAAAGCCUUCAGGAAACAUUAUCCAGAUGGCAACUCAAUGAAACCCAAUAAGUCUUGAGAAUAUUCCAGUAAAAUAGUCCCUUCAAUGAAUUUGUUUUUUGAAAAUUUAUAUUUUUUGACUUUUUUAAUGUAAAAAAAUUCCAAUUCUAUUUGACUGCAAUUAAGCACAGUUUGUUGCAUACAACACAAUUAUUAAUAAUCGAUUGGAUGACCAUUGAUUGUUGAUAUUAUUGAAUAUCACUGAACAUUUUGUCCAUAGUUGAGACAAAAUUUCUAUCCAAUUUUAAUGUAUUUUUUUUUACAUUUAUUCAAGGGCUCAUAAGAAAAUAAGUUCAAUUACACGAAAAUAACAUUUUAAAAAUGUUUCACCAUCUCUAACACAUAAUACUUUUUAAAUUGAUAGACUUUAAUUGUGUUAUAUUCAACUGAACCCAUUUCAUCGCAGGAACUACCCACUCAAAUGUUCUCAAAUUCUGCUCUGUUGAUUUACUAAUAAAUUGUACAAAAAUUUUUACUCCAAUUGACUGAUAAAUUGCAAAAACAUU